AUGGGAUCUCGCCGUGGUCGACUAAAUUGGUCUAAUUUGGAUGUCCGUAUUUCGGAUGAUGUGAUCGAAAAGCAACAUCGUUUUACUGCUUCAAAUUUAUCUCCAACAACAUCGACAUUAUCACAAGAUGUUACCAACGAUGAAAAAAAGUCAAGUCCCUUAACAGUGUCCGUUAAACGAUCAUGGGUACCGAAAACUGAUGUAGGUGAAAUGCUUGCAGAACAAUUUGUUUGUAAUUUUAUGUUGACAGACGCUGAACAAACUAUGAUUGAUCAAAAAUAUAAGAAAACAAUGGAUAAUGACCAAAAAUAUAACAGACGAAUUCAUAAUGAUCAAAAGUAUAAUAAACAAAUCGAUAAUGUCGAAUGUUCGAAUUCUUCACCACCAGCGCCAAAACCAAUACGAAUAUCAAGUAGAUUACCUGCUACAAGAGAUACAGUAUUAUCACCACGAAUAUCGAAUUUAUAUGUUGGUCAACAUCUUUUAAAUGUGUUUGUUUGUCAUGUUGAAUCUUAUUCCCAUGUUUACAUUAUGUUUGGUGAUGAUUAUAAUCGCGCAACAAAAUUAUUUCAAGAUAUGAAUAAUUGUAUUGAACUCAUUCGACCAUCAACUAUUACUUUCGAACUAAAAGAACAAGAUUUAGUUGCUCUACAUCAUGAAAAAAAAUGGUUUCGUGGUCGAUGUCUAAAUUCAACGGGCACGAGUGUUACUGUUUUAUGUAUUGAUUCAGGUGUAAAUAUUUCAUGCUCACGAAAUAAUCUUCGACGUUUACCAGAUAUGUUUCGAACAUCACCACCAUGUUGUAUCGAAUGUUCACUUUCUGGUCUGCCAACAACCAUAACAAUGAAUGAAACGCCCGAUGCUAUUCGUAGUGAAUGUAUUGAACUCUUAUAUAAAGAUCGUUAUGAAGCCAUUGUAACAAAAUUAGAAUCACCAAAUCAUCCAACUAUUGUAUUAUACUAUGGUGAUGAAAAUGUGAAUGAUCGAUUAUUUACACUUCUCAAAUUGAUUUGA